AUGCUGGUGCAGUUUCUCAUCAGUCAAUUUUUCGGAAACAAGUCAGAGAAUGCUGGAUCCGGAGCGAAGCCUGGCGAAUUGACUUCCUUCGAAGCUCGUCCGCCUCGCAGCGAGAUCACCAACUACAGUCCUAUCCCCGAUACCGUUGCUCCAGUUUGGCCCCCAAACAGCGCCAUCGAUAUCAGCAUCUACGUCUCGCCGUCCAUUGUCCUUCCUGCUCUCAGCUCGCUCCCAUCGGAUUCUCUUGUAUUAAGUGAAAAGAACUUCACGAUCGGGAAUUACAGUGACACCAGGGAAAUCGAGACUACCAUUCAGAUUCCCAAGGAAGUCCAGCAAAAUGGGACGCUUUGGGCGCAUUUCUAUGUUGCGCUCACUGGACACCAACUCGAUCCAACGGCUAAGGACUAUAGCACAGAUAGUGCUGUGCACUUCUUCCGCCCGCUGAACCAGUAUCUUCCCAAAAAAAGGGUCAAGAAGCUCAAGAACCUGCUUGCCAGCUCGGACAAUGUCGAGGAGGAGGAAGAAGACAACAGCAUCCCGGAUGUCUCUAUUGCCUCCUACUACCACCCCAACUUCACGGUAUCGCUGAUUCCUGAUUCCGGAGUUCAGAAAUACCGCCAAGUACACCCUGCUAUGCGUCAUCACAUGCAACUCGAGGCGACGGGCGCAAGAGACGCCUCUGGUCAGAAUGGGUGGUACUACCCUAUUGUGUUCUUGAAUACUUUCUGGCAACUCCGAAGCCAUAUGACCGAGCUCAACUCUACCGUGAAGACGAUGCCUUUGCGGAUCACUCUGAACAAUCUGUCCAACUGGAAGUUUAGCAUGAUGGCAAGUGUUGACGAGAAUGCAAAGGCAAACGCCCGGCAAGCCGCAUUUGGAGGCUCCGUGCCUGGGGGCGGCGAUGGCUCCGAGUUUGAGAUGGUCAAGGAAGUCCUCCUUGACACGAACAUUUGGUUGCUUGGUACAACUGGUGUGGUUACGAUUCUGCACAUGAUCUUUGAAACUUUGGCAUUCAAGAACGACAUUUCUCACUGGCGCAAGAAGAAGGAUGUUGUUGGAACUUCAGUCCGCACUAUUUUGGCUAACGUGUUCAUGCAAACGAUUAUCUUCCUCUACUUGGUGGAUAAUAGUGAAAACACUUCCUGGAUGAUUCUUGCCAGUCAAGGUUUCGGUAUCUUACUGGAGGCGUGGAAGAUCACUAAGACAGUGGAUGUGCGUCUGCGUUCACCGCCAGCUGGGUCUUUCUACUCUUUCCUUCCAUACGUUGUGGUAUUCGAGGAUAAGCACAAGCUUUCGGAAACUGAGAAGAAGACCAAGGAGUAUGAUGAAAUUGCAUUCCGCUGGCUCUAUAUCAUCGCUGUGCCUCUCCUCGGUGCAUAUGCGGCUUACAGCUUGAUCUACAACACACACAAGUCGUGGUACUCCUACAUCAUCGAAACGCUUUCUGUUGCUCAUAUGCCUGGCAAGGCCUUGACAUACAAAUUUCUCAACACCUUCAUCGAUGAUCUGUUCGCAUUUACUGUCAAGAUGCCAUGGCUCCACCGGCUUGCAACUCUUCGAGAUGACGUGAUUUUCUUCAUUUGGCUCUACCAGAGCUAUAAGUACAAGGUCGAUUACAAGCGGGUCAAUGAAUUUGGACAAGGAGGCGACAGUGAUGAGGAGGCAGAGGAGCCGGCAGCAGCUGAAUCUGAGAAGAAGUUGGAAGCGGUGCCCGAAGCCUCUGGAAGGGACAAUGGCCCAUCGGGCAUAGAGCCCAGGCCGAGUAGCCUGCCUGAUGCACUUGAGCAUCUAGACGCAGUUGCUUAUGUACCCUCAAAGAAGCGAUACACUGAUGCUGGUCAACUGGCCAAAACAAUCGCUUCAGACGCUUAUGAAAGAGGCAUCAGCCCAUCUGCACUUGAGCGAUUGAUCAAAAUUUUGACACGAAAUAAUUACCUUGAUCAAGGAACAAUUACUACCUUGAUAAAGAAUCUGUAUCCGAUAGACAGGAUCUCGUCCAAGGUGGUCACGCAGGUCGUCUGUUGCCUCGGUCCCAGCAAGAACAAGCCGAGUCCUGCUACACAGGCUUCCCUGCUGCGAUGGCUCAUCCUCGUCUACGAAUUUUGCGAGGACAGGUCGCAUCUCACUAAGCUUUAUGCAGUGCUGUUCAAUCACCUUGAUAUGAUCAGUCUCCGCAAGCCGUUAUGCCAUUUGCUUUCAAUGAUCACGAGGCGGAAGCACGUCAAGCCCUUUAGGAUACAGGCUCUCAUGGAACUGGUCAAUGCUGCCGGCGCGGAAGAAAGAGAACUCAUCAGUCUGCUUAACGUCUUCAAGAAUUAUUAUCCAGAUAUCAUCGUAAGUGACCUCGGGGCUUUGAGACGGAGAGGCUUGGUCUUCAAACAUCCCGACCCCGAAUGGACUAGUCACGCAAGGCUUCUUCAAGACAGAAAUCUGGAGAAAGUACAAGCGGCCCAGCCAUCAAGCUUUCAAGUAGUUCAUCGCGGAGCAGUGAAGAGAGGAAAAUUGGAAGUGAUCGUUCCUGUUGUCCAGACAUCGAGAGUGUCAUCCAACCGUACCUCUUUAGAAGAGCUGCGGAGCGUCGACCACUUUGUUGAAAAGCUCGACCGCAUUGAGCUUCCAAAUCAAAUGAUAUCCGCCAUAGCAGACAACAUAGCUCAGAAAUAUCUAUUUCUGGUUCAAUCCGAGUCUGCGAGGCUCCGGUUAGAUGAUUGGCUGAAGAGCUUUUUUGACGAACGGUUGGAGCACGCUCGAGACGAAGAACUAGGCACGUCAGAAUCUCUAGGUUACAUCUUGAGUCUCGUCGUGGAUUAUGUGCGCUAUACAAAGGACAUUCCUGCGUCAGUCCUUUCUUUUCUAAGACAGUAUAUUUCAUCUUGGAACGGCCGUGACAACAAAGAAGAGGUUAUCAGUCUUCUUGAGUACCUCCCCAUUCAGGAAUUUGACACUUUACGAGCCAAUCUUCUGACCCCCUUAGAGGCUGCCCUACUGGGCAGCGGACCAUUCUCCAAGAUAGUCAUUCUUGACUUCUACUCUUCACUUAUUCGUCAAUGGGGUGUGAAGCUGAGGACGUUACCUUCAGUCUCUGCAGAGUCAAAACCAUUGGCUCGCCUAAUCACGCAUGCGGAACUGCUGGCAUUGUCAAUCCUAGAGAGUCUUUCGGUAUUGCAACCGUCCAAUAACGACGAUAUGGAACCCCUCAAACCAGCCGCCUUAUCUGUCCUCGAGUUCUACUGCGUUCUAGCCGACCUAUUUUCUUAUGCGUCCGUUAAUGGCAAGAUCCGCCUUACUAUUCCUCUAGCCCCGACAGUCUACACCCUCGUUUUCACACCGAUUCUCUCAAGCAUCUCCAUCAUUAGCUCCGUGCUUGCCAGCUACAAGAUGUCCUUCGAAACAUCUCUGACUUCCGAAAUCCUUCAAGUAGCAAACUCUACAGAUUCGCUGUAUCCAACUGAAUUGGUGGGCCAAUUCAACGGCUACGUCAUGGACGUCUGCAAUCUGAUUUGGCGAAAUCGAGGGCUCAAUGGCGAGGAUCCAAACGCACUUGGAUGUCUCCUGCCAGCUGCUACCACGGGUGCGCUCACACAAUACACCCGGGACUUGAACGAGGCAUCCCGAGAAAGGAAGCGCGAGGCUUCGUUUUUCUUCAACCUAUCUUCCAUUUUCUCUCUCAGUUACCAUGUAGCCCUGUGCAACAUGUCAGCCGGUUGCUUCGCUGAAAUAGAGGAAGAAAACAACAUCGCCGAGAGCCAGCCCAGGUUGAGAAAACCCGUGACCCAGAAGGCACUGAGUGCACUUGAGAAAGACGGCGGUGUCAAGUUGACUUGGCAGGAGUACAGGGUGCGUAUGCUUGACUGGUUAGACGCCACAGGAAGCCGCGGAAUCGGGAACUUGAUGCGCAGUACGAUGAAAGCUUUGCGUAAGGAAUGA